AUGUACCUUGUUGGCAUGGAGAGUAAUCGAGACUGCAACAGGACCAUGGAAGAAGCUGUUCAUUUUGCUAUCAUCCUGAGGCCAACAUUAUGUAAGCAGGAAUGUGGAGAGCAGAGGGGCAGAGACCGGGCUGCCAGGGAAGCUGUACCGCAUGAUCUCUUUCUUCCUUCAUCGGAGAGAGAAAUCGAGGCUAAUUUGCACAGUUCUACUACGUACAUGUGGCAACAUGGGUACAUGUAUGAAAUCAGAUCAGAGAAAGUUAGGAUGGAGACCAUAGCAAAGGCUUAUGAAGUCAAGUUCGUGCUGGAUGUUGCUCAACUGGGAGAGGAUGAUCCACUCUGGCAAAAUGAACCUCUACAUGAUGGCAAGAUAAGCACUUCUUACAGGGGACAAACUAAAUGGUUGGAUCAAUCACUAGCGCUCACUGACAGCAGUUGGAAAAUAGUUGUUGGAUAUGAUCCAUUACUGGUUUGCAAUGGGGAAGAAACACCAGAAACAACAAAGUUCUAUGUGCCAUUUCAACACAUUUUUGCUAAAUAUGAAGUGAAUGCAUACAUAAGCAUGGCUGGGUUUUGUGGUUAUUUCCACCGAGACAACUCGAUAUUAUACAUUGGACAUCCCAGCCCUGGUGGUGACCAUAAAAGUGUAGAUGGUUUUUUCUUGCACAGAGUUAGACCCCUCGAGCUCGAGAUGGAGUCAAUGUUGAUAAAUGUAGAAGGCAGGUUGGUUCAGAGAUCUGUUGUUCAACAGCAUGGAACGGGAGCCAUGUGA